AUGUUGCAGACUUUUUUUGGACUUGGACAAACGGCGGAGUUGGAAAUAAUCUUAGAUCGACCAGAUGGAAAAAAGAAACUAGAUGAAAGCAGUAAAAAAGAUCAAAGUUUAAUAUAUUAUGAUGGAGAAACCGUAUCUGGAAGAGUAAAUGUCAUACUAAAAAAGUCUAGCAGUCGUUUGGAACAUCAGGGUAUUAAAGUUGAAUUCAUAGGCCAAAUAGAAAUGUAUUAUGAUCGAGGUAAUCAUCAUGAGUUUACAUCACUAGUCAAGGAACUAGCCAGGCCUGGAGAAAUGUUGCAGAAUACUUCAUAUAAUUUUGAAUUCUUAAAUGUAGAAAAACCAUAUGAGACAUAUACUGGCUCUAAUGUGAGGCUGAGAUAUUUUUUGAGGGUUACCGUCAUACGAAGAAUUUAUGACAUAGUAAAAGAAAUGGAUAUUAUAGUACAUACUUUAUCUUCUUAUCCUGAUAUGAAUAAUAGUAUAAAAAUGGAAGUAGGAAUUGAAGAUUGUUUGCAUAUUGAGUUUGAAUACAAUAAGUGCAAAUAUCACUUAAAAGAUGUAAUUGUGGGUAAAAUUUAUUUUCUACUAGUACGGAUAAAAAUAAAACAUAUGGAAAUUGCCAUAAUUAAAAGAGAAACUACUGGAUCUGGUCCCAAUACAUUUAAUGAAAACGAAACUAUAGCUAAAUAUGAAAUAAUGGAUGGAGCACCUGUUAGAGGAGAAAGUAUUCCUAUUAGAGUAUUUCUUGCUGGUUAUGAUCUCACACCUACUAUGAGAGAUGUAAACAAGAGGUUUUCAGUAAGAUACUUUUUAAACCUUGUUUUAAUGGAUGAAGAAGAUAGACGCUAUUUUAAACAACAAGAAAUAACGUUAUGGCGAAAAGGAGAAAAACAUUUAAAAGGAAUGCAAAAUCGUAAUGAACCUUCUCAUUUAGUCUCUGGUAAAGAUGGGCCUAAAGGAAGUGAAGCUCCACGAACUACAACUCAAUCAGUUCAACCAUCUGGUUCACUGGACAAUACUGACUCGGAAAAUGAUCAUAACCAUUCCCCAAUGAAUGAAGGCGAUGAUGAACAAAUACGUUCGUCAAUCGAAGAUAGUACUAGUGAAUAAUAUGAAAUAGUAAUUAUAUUGUUUUAAGUGUCUACAAAAUGCCAUUAAUUUUGAUUCCGAAUUUUUUUAGAAAAAUAAAAGUAACCAGUUAUUUAAACUUUUAAAAAUAAUAGUGUUUUAUGCCUAGUCCUAAUUAUUGAAAAAUGUAUUAAUUAUACCUAUGUUAACAGGUUAACCACUUAAAUUUUUUUUUUACAUAUUAAAUUGUACUAUAAAUUAAUAUACAAACAAUUAUCACUUGUUAAAUACUUUAUGUUAUACAAAGCGGCAAAUUUUUAUACUCUGCAUAUGAAUGAUAUAGUUGUUAUAUACAGAGUGGGCCACUGCAUUUUCCUGUUUUCCUGUGUUUACUGUAAGGGAGAACACAGUGACUCACUCUAUAUAAUACCAAAAAUUAAUAUUUAUCUACAUAAAUAUAUUAAUUUAUAUAUUUUUAUACACAGGUUAUUUAUCUGUUGAUUUCGUAGAUUUCUAUAGGAACCUUAAUUGUUAUUGUGAUUUAUUGUUUAAAAAUGGAAUUGAUUUAAUUUAUAGUAAACACUUAUAUUCGUUUUAUUUUAAUCAAAUUCGAAUACUGAAAAAUAUAUAUUCUUGUAUUUUAUGAAAUGUAUAUAAAAUCAUUCAAUACAUUAUUAUUAUUAUUAUUUAUUAUUAUUAUUAUUAUUAUUAUUAUCACCUAAUUUAUUUGGGUUCAUGCAUACAGCGGAUAAUGUAAACAAAUUACCUUAGCCAACUAUUAAAAUAGUCAUGUUUACAAGACGUGUAUUUUUUUAAAAAUUAUUUAUUGUAUUUAUUAUGAACUAUGUCAUUUUAAUCAUAUAGUAAAUGUAUCAUAUAUGUAUUUAUAAAUAAAUUUAUUUAUCAGU